AUGAUUAAUCAUCAGACUAUUUUAGAAGAGAUUUGUGACUAUUCUAAAGCACUAAUAAUGAGAACCAAUCAUUUGCCUUUGAUGCUUUCAUUAUAAGUGCAAUUAUUAUUAAUUUUUAAAUAAUAAAAAGAAGAAUAACUGGCUUAUAUUAAGGUAAUAAGGUUAAGUAGGUUGAAAUCAAUGAACUUUAUGAAUCCUUAGAGGUAAUAAUUAUGGCUGUUCAGGUUACAAGAAUAUUAGCUGUUUACAAUUUAAAUUGA